AUUUGGCAAUGUGGUAAACGAAGACAUCGAAAUUUUUGAGAAGUUGGAAAUUUUGAUAGAAGAGAUGAUCGGAGAAUUGGAAUGAUCCGAUACGCACCGUUUGAUCCAGAAGUGACGACCAAACUGUGUCGCUUGUUUGAACCAUUUUUGCUGUCACUCGGAAAGUCUUCAAACCCCUUUACGCUGAGAGAGUGCAACCAAAUCCACGCCAAGCUCAUAGUUUCCCAAUGCAUUUCACAAACCCACUUAACCAACACCCUUUUAAAUUUGUACUCCAAGUUCGCUCACUUUCGCCAUGCCCACCUUCUGUUCGACCAAAUGCCUCACAGGAAUGUUGUCUCCUGGACAACCUUAAUUUCCGCUUAUCUUCGAAAUGGGUUUCUCCCAAAAGCCUUUGAGAUGUUCAAUCAGAUGCGUGCAUCGAAUGAGAGACCCAAUGAGUACACUUUAUCUGUUCUGCUUCGAGCCUGUGCCACUCCUGCAUUGUGGGAUUUGGGUUUGCAGAUUCACGGCUUGGUGGUUCGCUUUGGGUUUGAGAGAGACAAGUUUGCUGGGAGUUCUCUUGUUUAUAUGUACUUCAAUAGUGGCAGUGAUUUGGGGGAUGCGUGUCGUGUUUUUCAUGGAUUGUUGGAGAGAGACCUUGUUGUAUGGAAUGUUAUGAUUUCCGGGUUGGCUCAAGUUGGUGACUUUGGCAUGGUUCAGAGGUUGUUUUCUGAAAUGUGGGAGAUCCAAGGCUUGAAACCUGAUGAUAGUACGUUUGUUAGCUUGCUCAAGUGCUGUUCUUCAUUGGAAGAGGUGAAGCAAAUCCAUGGGCUAGUGUGCAAGUUUGGUGCUGAAGUGGAUGCUGUGGUGGGCAGUGCUCUGGUUGACUUGUAUGCCAAAUGUGGGGAUGUAGGUUCUUGCAUGAAAAUCUUUGACUCCAUGGAGGAGAAGGAUAGUUUUGUUUGGAGUUCUAUCAUUUCGGGCUAUACCAUGAAUAAUAGAGGAGAGGAAGCUGUGCAUUUCUUCAAGGACAUGUGUAGACAAAGGGUGAAACCAGAUCAGCACGUGUUGUCUAGUACUUUGAAAGCUUGUGUUGAAAUAGGGGACUUGAACACAGGCGUUCAAGUGCAUGGCCAAAUGAUUAAAAAUGGGCAUCAAAACGAUUGUUUUGUCGCAAGUGUGCUGUUGACUCUCUAUGCCAGUUUUGGUGAACUAGUGGAUGUGGAAAAUGUGUUCAGAAGAAUUGAUGAUAAGGAUAUUGUAGCAUGGAACUCUAUGAUCUUGGCUCAUGCUCAACUGGAGCAGGGAUCUGGUCCCUCUAUGAAACUAUUACAAGAACUUCGCAGAACAACCUCUUUGCAAAUUCAAGGUGCUACUGUAGUUUCUGUUUUGAAGUCUUGUGAGAAUAAAUCAGAUUUGCCUGCAGGUAGACAAAUUCAUUCACUUAUAGCGAAAUUAAGUAUUAGCCGUCACACUUUGGUUGGCAAUGCAUUAGUCCACAUGUACUCUCAGUGUAGACAAAUUGGUGAUGCAUUUAAAGCUUUUGUUGAUAUUGUCUGGAAAGAUGACAGUUCUUGGAGUUCUAUUAUUGGAACUUAUAAACAAAAUGGGAUGGAAUCAGAAGCUUUACAGCUAUGCAAAGAGAUGUUGGCUGAUGGAAUCACUUUUACCAGUUAUAGCCUUCCACUUUGUAUUUCAGCUUGCUCACAACUUUCAGCUAUACACGUGGGUAAACAAUUCCAUGUUUUUGCUCUCAAGUCUGGUUACAGCCAUGAUGUCUAUGUGGGAAGUUCCAUUAUAGACAUGUACGCAAAAUGUGGAACCAUGAAGGAAUCAGAGAAAGUUUUCGGUGAACAAGUAGAGCCAAAUUUAGUAAUUUAUAAUGCCAUGAUAUGCGGAUAUGCACAUCAUGGAAAAGCACAAGAAGCCGUAGAAGAAUUCAGUAGGCUAGAGAAGAAUGCUUUGACCCCUAAUCAUGUAACUUUCUUGGCUGUGCUAUCAGCUUGUAGCCAUUCCGGUUAUGUUGAAGAUACAUUGCAUUUCUUUACGUUGAUGCUUCAAAAAUACAAGAUUAGGCCAGAAUCUGAGCAUUAUUCGUGCCUAGUUGAUGCCUAUGGUCGGGCAGGAAGGUUGGAGGAAGCUUACCAAAUAGUGCAAAAAGAUGGAAGUGAAUCAGCAUGGAGAACAUUACUAAGUGCUUGCAGGAAUCAUAACAACACAGAGAUUGGAGAAAAAUCUGCGAUGAAGAUGAUAGAAUUGAAUCCCAGUGAUCAUGCUUCGUAUAUUCUUCUUUCAAAUAUUUACGUCGGAGAGGGAAAAUGGGUAGAAGCUCUUGAAUGUAGGAACAAAAUGGCCAAGAUUCGUGUGAAGAAAGACCCAGGAAGUAGUUGGUUGAUCUGAGGAUCGCUAAGACCCAGUAAGGGAUACGUCAUAUACUGAUGACCCGCCAUUAUUGAAGUG